CGGAUAAAUCUCUUUUGUAAAGAUGGAUAGAGCAGACUGUCAAAACCUAACCUUUCAAAUCCAAUAACUCCCUUUGUUCUGAUUCCAUGCUCACUGGGAAAUCUCUUGCCCAGAACCAGAGCAUGUGCUCAACAGACUAAUAGAAACAUCAGUUUGGUUGAUAAUAUUUCUCAAUGUAUAAAUAUAUUAGUCUCUUAAUUGGAUUUAGGCUUGUCAAAUUAAGGAUGGGACCCUGGACCAAGAUAAUUUUACCAGGAAAACUGGACUGUGUAAGCUACCCAGCCUUCCCCAGUGCACACCUGUCCACACCUGUACACCUGCGUUACCAGGUAUAAUGGUUGCAUUGCUGCCACAGCUAACAAGGUGAUCUAAAACAUUUAUUACUGCUCACACACCUGGGGGUGUGGCCAGGGGGUUGGCUGAUCUAGGCUGGGCCAGGCAACUCUGCUUCAAGCUACGGCACCUUGGGCAAAUGUCUGGUGAUUGAGGCAGCUCUGUUCCAUGUGUCGUCCUCUUUGGGAUGUACAUGGUCCAGUGGGGUAUGAGUUAUGUUCCUCUCAGACAGUGACAGAGAAGCAAAAGAACGGAUGAGGACAUGUGAGGCCUUUUCCACUGUAGGCUCAGAUACCUCUGACUUACCCCGUUGGCCAAACAAGGGAAAUAAUCAAAUACAGAGAAAAGGGGUGGGGAUAUACACUUAGCCCCUUCAGUAAGAAGAAUUGCAAAGUCACACGGUACAGGGUGUGGACCCAGGACUUGUGCAGGAUUGGAGCUGCUGUUAUAAUUAGCAUAUGAGGUUGACCAUAUGCCUUAACAAAGGCAAUGAAUGUGCAUCAACAGCCAGAGUAUCAAAGGGAGAAUUCAGGACACAAUUUGAUUCUUUGGCCCAAGGUGACAGCUUCCCUAAGUUGUAAUAGGUGUUGUAACAUGGGAAAUACAUCCUUUUCAAUUGUCAUUUAGUAGCCAGCUCUCGGCACCCUUACAUGUCUGUUUGCUCCCAUCAGACCUUCACAAAACUCUUAAGGUAACACCAAGAGUUCAUUGAAACUUAGAUGAAGGAAUUGCCGGAAUUCUACAUAGACUUUAAGCGAAGAAAAGCAGAAUAUCACAUGCCAACUCAAGUGCUUCCCUCCACAUGGCAGUCCUUACUUUGUCUUGAGAACCAGGAGUUUCUAGAAGGAGUGCUUGUUGGAUGUGAGAUAUUCUAAUUCAGACAUAAAGAUGGGCUGUAAAGCAGCUUGCCGUAAAGGUCAGUCCUCACCCGGCCGAGGCUGCUUUGUUCUUCCCUCUAUCAUCAGCUGAUACGAAAACAGAUUUCCCAGCCCCAAGCUAUAUUCAUUCAUUCAUUCCUCCCCCUUGAGAACUGCAGUGGCUCAAGCUGAACCCCAAACCCAGGAAGUCAGACAGCACUUCUGCGGGGAUUUGUAGCAAUGGGGUAUGGGGGGGUGGGGGGGAGGUGGGCACGGAAAUCAGACCCACCUUCUGCCACUUAGUACUUCAGCUUUUGGAUAGGAGGCUCACUUUAUUAUUUGCGGGUAUUUGAAAACAUUGAGCUCACUGUAAGAAGCAGGUGGAAAUAGGAGUAUUGUGGCCGUUUCAAAGAGGGAGCCCACACUGAGGGCUGAGCUGGUGAGGAAGGCUUUUUCACAGGGAGCAUUCUUUCCCAGGGAGACCCUUCUUUCUACCACCAGCCCAAGCCUGAACAAUUACCCCUACCCCCAAACAGGUGCCCUGCAAAGGCGGAGGAUUAUUUCCUUGCUGAGUUCAAAGACACCCUUUGGCUUCGGGCGGACCUACCCUCUUCUCAGCCAGAGCUCCAACUCAACCACCUGGGCUGGACACUCCACACUGUCCCAUAGCUUGCCCGCCAGGGGCACACUGCCCACUUGAGUAUCUCUUCUCUGUAUCCGCCACUCCUUUCUCAGGGGAGGCCCUGAGCACCCCGACUGCAGCCUAUGGAGCCCCAGGGAGGUCUCACCGCCUCGACUCUCCCACUGGUCCCCACUGCAGAGCCAGGGGCUCUGGGUGAACUUGGCCAUGUCUGCGAGGCAUGGGGUGGAGAUGUGGCCCUGUUUUGAGCCACGGCGCUCUCUGCAUCAGAUUCCAGAGAAGCCAGACUGGGAUAUCACUCGGGCCCGCGCCCUGGGCACACGCAGGGUCUCCGUGGGAAGCUUGGAGGUGGCGGGGACGCGAGGGCGGCGGGCAGGGAGCUGGUUCCCCUCCUCUGCUCGCUCCCUUCGCGAGGGCCAGGUCUCUGGCGCCGAGGGGAGGCCAUCAGGGGCGGGCCCGCGGCGGGGCUGCCCUCCCCUCCGUGACGUCCCAGAGGGCGGAGGACCGCGCGCUGGCUCCGCACCCUCCCCGCCUCCUCCGGGUGCCGGGUCCGACGGUCCUCGGGAGAUGCGGCUGCCGCCUUUGCAUUUGCUGUGCACGCUGCUACGGGUCCGUCCGCUCCACUGCCGUGGCGCCGCGGGGUGCGAGGUCGCACCCGAGCCGGGCCAUGCAGCCGGGAGCCGCGCUGCAGGCCAUGCUGUUGGCCGCGCUGCUGGCGGGGCCCCGGGGCGCCACCGGCCGCCUGCUGAGCGCCUCGGACUUGGACCUCAGAGGAGGACAACCAGUCUGCCGAGGAGGGACACAGAGGCCUUGUUAUAAAGUCAUUUACUUCCAUGAUGCUUCUCGAAGACUGAACUUUGAGGAAGCCAACACAGCCUGCAGGAGGGAUGGGGCCCAGCUAGUCAGCAUCGAGUCUGAGGACGAACAGAGACUGAUAGAAAAGUUCAUUGAAAACCUCCUGGCGUCUGAUGGAGAUUUCUGGAUUGGGCUCAGGAGGCGUGAAGAAAAGCAAAGCAAUAGCACAGCCUGCCAGGACCUUUACGCGUGGACAGAUGGCAGCACGGCAACAUUCAGGAACUGGUACGUGGACGAACCUUCGUGCGGCAGCGAGGUCUGCGUGGUCAUGUACCAUCAGCCGUCGGCACCUGCUGGCGUCGGGGGCCCCUACAUGUUCCAGUGGAACGACGACCGGUGCAACAUGAAGAACAAUUUUGUUUGCAAAUAUUCCGAUGAGAAACCAACAGCUCCUUCUACAAAGCCUGGAGAUGAAAGAACAGAGCCAGCGACACCCAUGCUUCCGGAAGAUACGGGGAAAGAAGAUGCCAGAGAGACAUUUAAAGGAAACGACGAAUCCGCCUUGAAUCUUGCUUAUAUUCUAAUCCCCAGCACCGUCUUUCUCCUCGUGGUCAUCACGGUUGUCUUUUGGGUUUGGAUCUCCAGAAGGAGGAAACGGGAACAGCCAGGCUCCAGCAUGAAGGAGCCACACACCAUCUGGCCCUCUCCUCACCAUGGGGACAGCCCAGACCUCGAGGUUUACAACGUCAUACGAAAACAAAGUGAAGCCGAUUUAGCUGAGACCCGGCCAGACCUGAAGAACAUCUCAUUUCGAGUGUGUUCGGGCGAAGCCACUCCCGAUGCCAUGUCUUGUGACUAUGACAACAUAGCUGUGGACCCCUCCGAAAGUGGAUUCGUGACUCUGGCGAGCUUGGAGAGCGGCUUUGUGACCAAUGACAUUUACGAGUUCUCCCCGGACCGAACGGGGAGGAGCAAGGAGUCUGGAUGGGUAGAAAAUGAUAUAUAUGGUUAUUAGGACACAUGA